AAAAAUUUGAAGCGCCUAUCAUUAAGUAGGUUUCCUCGAAUUAAAUGUGCUUUAAAUAUUUAUGGUUAACAAAUUGAAGUCAAUCAUCAAUUCUCUCUCAUCUUCAAUUCUCUCUCCCUCUCCUCAGCGGAUGCAGAGAAUUCCCCACUCAACAAUCUUAUCGCAACUAACUUCCGAUUCCUCGAUUUAUUCGCCUUCAACAGACCAGCUAAGAUUUGUUCAGAAACACCAACGUAUUGGAUUCUUCAUCACUGAAACUGGCUGUUGCUCGACAGCUAUGGAGAUUUGGUUGAGUUGAGUUGAUUCUCAUUGGAGCCAUUGGCGUUGGCCAUGCUACGGCUGUUUUCGGCGGCGAUCGGCCUCUCCUCAGAGGACUCCUCCAACUCCGCCGCCGACAACUAUCGCUUCUCUCAAGUUAUUUCUAGUGUUGCUGUUUUCAGAUUCGCUGAUUGUAGUCAAUUCAUCGAUGGCUGCUGAGAGUCAUGGCGUUAAUCCUAGGGGACUUCUCUGCAAUGCUGGCGCCGGCGCUGCGGCUGGUGCGAUUGCAGCUACUUUUGUAUGCCCUUUGGAUGUUAUCAAAACUAGGUUACAGGUCCAUGGGCUCCCCCAACUUGCGAAUGCUAAUAUCAGAGGUGGUGUUAUAAUUAGAAGUUUAGAACAUAUAUUUCAGAAGGAGGGAUUACGUGGUAUGUACCGUGGACUCUCCCCUACAACGCUUGCUAUGUUUCCCAAUUGGGCAGUGUAUUUCACUAUUUAUGAACAAUUAAAGAGUUUUCUUGGUUCUGAUGAUGUAAAUCAGCAGCUCUCUGUUGGUGCAAACAUGGCGGCUGCUUCUGGUGCUGGAGCUGCAACAGCAAUCACGACAAAUCCUCUUUGGGUUGUCAAAACAAGGUUUCAGACACAAGGAAUGAGAACAGGUGUGGUGCCGUAUAGGGGUACACUGUCUGCCUUAAAAAGAAUUGCACAUGAAGAGGGUAUUCGUGGAUUGUAUAGUGGUCUAGUGCCAGCUUUGGCUGGUAUUAGUCAUGUUGCUAUUCAGUUUCCAACAUAUGAAAAGAUAAAGUGCUAUCUAGCUAAACAAGGUAACACGACGACUGAUAAACUCAGUGCAAGUGAUGUUGCUUUAGCUUCGUCCAUUUCAAAAAUAUUUGCUUCGACCUUGACAUAUCCUCACGAGGUUGUUCGUUCAAGACUUCAAGAACAAGGAUACCACUCCGAGAAGAAAUAUUGCGGUGUUGUGGACUGCAUCAAGAAGGUUUUCCAGCAAGAUGGCAUCGCUGGUUUCUAUCGGGGUUGUGCCAUCAACCUGCUGAGGACGACCCCAGCUGCUGUAAUCACAUUUACCAGUUUUGAGAUGAUUCACCGAUCUCUCCUUACAUUCUUCCCUCAACCACUCUGAUCCAUCAUCAGCACUCCAUCUACAUAUGCUGUCGGCUCAUUCUUCGUAUACUUGGGAAGACACUUUUUUCUUACAAUGAUGAUGACGACUAUUACAUUUACUUGUACAGAACAUCAAUACGACGCACUCUCUACUGUUUGCUGCAAUCACAGAAUUUUGUGGGCCGUAAUGGAUAUUUGUGGGCUUGGACCAAUUGUUUUAUUCACUAUUGGGUUUUCAUCAGACUCA